AUGCACAUAUUCGUUACCGGAGCCACCGGUUUCGUCGGCAGAGCAGUUGUAGACGAGCUCUUAACUGCCGGCCACACCGUUACAGGCCUCGCCCGCUCUAACAAAGCCGCCGAAUCCCUAACAGCAAAAGGCGCCAGAGUACUCCGCGGUUCCUUCCUCGACCUCGACAUCAUCAAGCAAGGAGCCCUCGAGUCUGACGGCGUGAUCAACCUUGCAUUCGACCACGACUUCAGCAAAUAUGAGCAGAACUGCCUUGACGAGAAAGCAACCAUCGAAGCACUAGGUUCAGCUCUGAUCGGAACCAACAAGCCUCUGAUCACCACCACCGGCACCUUGGGGCUCACCUUGGGUAAAGUCAGCACUGAAGACGAAGUCGUUGAUUACGAUGGACCGAUGAACAUCCGCCUUCGUAAUGAGAAAGUUACUGCCCGCUUCGCUGAGCAAAACGUGCGUGCCUGUGUCAUCCGUCUGGCACCGACUGUACACGGCGACGAGGACCGCGGGUUCGUCCAUAUGCUCGCUGCUCUGGCCCAUUCAGAGGGAAAUGCUAUUUACAUCAACGAGGGGCUAAAUCGCUGGCCUGCUGUUCAUCGUCAUGACGCUGCUCGUCUCUACAGACUUGCAGUAGAGAGAGGUGUUGCUGGCAGCAUAUAUCAUGGUGUGGCCGAGGAGGGUGUCGUCUUGAAAGACAUUGCCGAGGCUAUUGGUCAAAAUCUAGAUCUUCCUGUUGUUUCCAAGUCUCUUGAAGAAAUGAGGAGCGUUGACGGUUUCACGGCUAUGCUUAUGAGCGCCGAUAAUCCGACUUCAAGCAAGAAGACCCAGGAACUUCUCGGAUGGGAGCCAGUUGGCCCGACGCUUUUGGAUGAUAUCAGGGCCGGGGUUUAUGCCCAGGAGUGA